AGCUUCUGUCAAUCUCUGAUCUGCUGCUGUGCUGGGGAUCUUGCCAUUUACUCGGGCAACAAGUGGUUAACACACGGAUCACUUGAGGUUGCCAUGGCAGGGCGUCGAUCGACCGAGGCUCAAUACUAGGCGUGGAUUGUGGAAAUACAUCAUAAAGUGUCCCUCUUCUCGGUUAAGAGACUGUUUUUUCUAGCUGGUGUAACAGAUCCAUCACACGAAGAGGCAAAUCCGAAAUAACUGGCACGAAAACGGGACAAGGCACCAUCCCGCGAGCCUAAUCCGAAGGCAGAAGGAGUACUUGCUGGCUUGCUGACCAAGCUUGCUAGUUAGCUAGCAACAGAAGCCAUUUUCCUUGCAUCACAACAUUAACGGUAGCUAAGAUCAGCGACCUGAAGUGGGUUACAUGGAAGUGCUUUACAUAUCUUAAAAAGGUUUCCUCCUCAUUGGACCCUGCAAACGGAGGCAUCAUGGAUCCCCAGAGCAUUCACCCGGCCUACGAGGACAACAGGGAGGCGGAGAGGAGCCGACAGUCCCGGAGGAGCUCGGGGAAGUGCUCGGAGCUCUCCCUGAAAAGCAAGUCGGACAAGAACAGGGAGGCCGACCGGGGUCACGAGGACAGCGUAGCUGGCGACCGUGCGAGGACCAGGACGCGAGACCCCGACCGCGACCGCGUGUCGGACUGCGAGAAGGACAGCGAACGCUACUACUCGGACGAGUACGAGUCCCCGUCCGACCGGUCCCGCUCGCUCUCGCCCUGCUCCCCGUCCCCGUCUCCCAGCUCCCGAAAAACCGGGCGGGCCAACCACGUCUCCACCAGGAGGGGUCUACAUAGGAAAGGCUUACAGAGAGCGGGCUCCAAGCAGCCCCGCCCCGGCGUGGGCUCCCAGACCAAAGGUUCCUCCCCCAAGGACCUGGACCUGGUGACCAAGCGCGUGCUGUCGGCGCGGCUCCUCAAGAUCAACGAGCAGCGCAACGAGCUGUCGUCGCUGCAGCAGCGGCUGGAGCAGCUGCAGCGGGAGAACCGGGUGCUGCGGCAGCUGCAGCACCGCCAGGAGAGGGCGCUGCACCGCUUCGAGGACACGGAGAGCGAGGUCGCGCAGCUCAUCUCGCGGCACAACGCCGAGACGCACGUGCUGCGCGAGCGGCUGCGGCGGACGCAGGAGCGCGAGCGGGCCGCCGACCGGCGCCUGCGCGACGCCGACGAGGAGCUGCGCCGCUGCCGCGCCGCGCUGCAGAAGCUGCGGCGCCUCGCCGACGACCGCCAGCUCGGCGAGAGGGAGGAGCUCGCCCGCAAGCUGGCGCAGGCGGAGGAACGCAUGCAGGAGGACGAGCGCCGGAUAAAGGAGCUGGAGAGGAACAUGGAGCUGAGCACCGGAAGCUUCCAGAGACAGGUGACCGCUGAGAGGAGGAAGACCCACGAGGUCCAGGAGGAGGUGCGGAACCUCCGGGAGGAGCUGGAGCGCCUGACCCAAAAACUCAAGGAGAAGGAGAGGGAACUGAACACCAGGAACAUCUACGCCAACCGAAUGGUGAAGGGAACGCCCAGAAAAGACACGGACAGCGGCGUGAAGAGGAAAGGUCCCGGGAUCGAGGGUUCCUCCAGGUGCGCCAGCAAAGGGGUGCAGACGGAGGAGCACCCGGCGCCCCCGGACUUCCCCACGCCCCCCCCGGCCGUGGCCGACGCCCCCGAGCACCCGAGAGACGGCGGCUACUUUUCCCUGAAGGAGCAGCGGGAGGACGAGAGGGCGCUCGGGGUCACGGAGGACGAGCGUCGGUCAGCGGAGAGGGAGAGAGAGAGGGGAGGGAAGCGUCAGGGGCUCCAGGCACGGCCAGAGCUGCUUGAGGAGGAAGAGGAGAUAAAGGAUGGUGGGUGUGGCCUGAAGGAGGAGGGCAGGAGUGGGCGGAGCCCCGGCCUGUUCCAGGUGCAGCGGGACCCGGAGGAGAAGGAGGAGGAGGAGAAGAGUCGGCCGGCCAAUCGGAACCCGAGCCCGGAGGAGCAGCGCAGGAAGGAGCAGCUCCUGGCCAGGAUGCGGGAGAUCGACCGGGAGGCCCGGCGCGCCGGCGUGGCCGAGAGCGAGGCGGCGGGGUCCCUCCCCGAGCCCAAAAGCCAGCGCCCCUCCGGCCCGUCUUUCCCCGAGCCCGUGCAGAACCUGCACAGGGGCCUCCCGUCCCAGGACGGCUCCGCCCCCCAGGGGAGGCCCUCCCACUCGGGCCGAAGGGGCCUCAACCCCCAGGGCGCCGUGGACGACCUGUCCUUCGGCAGCUACGCGCCCUCCUUCGGCCAGCCCGCGGGACGGGCGGGCGUCCCGGCGCAGCGGGGCGGAGGCGGAGGCGGGGCCGGGGGCGCGGCCGAGCCCGGGGGCGGGGCUGAGGAGAAGCCCAGGGAGGAACCGGACCUGACCAAGGAGAAGAAGUCCAACCUGAUGCAGCAGCUCUUCGGCUCUGCUGCCAACGGCAACGGCAACGGCAACGGCGAGGCGUCUAGGAUGGAGGUCCUGAGCCCCCCGGCCGCCCGCAAGGCCGCGCACCCCAACGGCGGCCCCUUCCCCUGGGAAGCCGCCAAGAAGCGGGAGGGCCUCUACUCCUUCGAGGAGACCCCGCCCGCCCGCCGGGGCAAGAGCCUCCUGCAGGUGGCGGAGAGCAGACCGGCCGUCAGGGCCAUCGGCUCCUUCGACGAGGACAUCGAGGAGGUCACCCUCUGAACUCUCUCAGUCAGUCGUGUUUUCCCUGCUUCCCGAGCACUUACGUUUUACACACGCGGGCCUGAGUGUCUGUGGGAAUUUAUUAUGAAGCUGUUUAACCCUUUAAGGUGUGAGAGCCCAAGUACAGUAUGUGUGAUUAGGAUGUUCUGAACUGAACAUUCUAAUGCUGAUGUCACAAUCACUGCUGGUAACUGAAAGCAACAAUGUUCUAGAACACUGACUUGGAAUUUUUGAAAAAGCAUAAAAGGCACUAGGAAGGGUUAACUGUCUUUGCAGACAGAAAAAAAAAUAAGGGAUCCUUUUUCUGUGCCCCUGAAAGCACUGAGCCACAUAAAUGGAGUAACCGUAGGGUAGUAAUUCUGCAAAAAUAAAUAAUUAUAUAUGAAGUCUCUCCUGCAGAAGAUUAAAAAGGCAUAGGCCUUUUUUAAAAAAUAUUUACCUGGAAGGCUUCAAGUAUGUUGUGGAAUAUUUAAUAAUAUUUUUAUAGGUACAGUACAUACAGAACUGUAUAGAUUUUUAGACAAAUUAUUUUACAUAAAGCCUACUACAAACAAAGGAAUGUUCAACGUGAAUCAAAGAAAGUAAACACUAAUCCUUAUAAUGUAGUAGUUCAGGGGUGACCAAGUCUGAAAUCUGCACGUUCUCUUGCCUUCGUGCUACCAAUCAUCGUUUUGUUGGCUGUCAGAGACAGAGAAAUCGUGACUCUACAGCCUACGGAAUUACGUCAGGCGUGAUGAUGUUUAUUAGGGAGCUGCAGAAUUUCAAAUUCGAGCUUUUGCUCUCCCCGUAAAAUACCAGUAUGUGGUUCAUGCAGGCUGGAACUGUCCAAUCGGGUUGAGGGGCAGGGCCUACAGAAAUGACUAGUAGUCUUAGUCAGUCAGACUUCUGCUCUUAUUUAUGUUUCAGUUCUCAAACCACGUUCAUUCCACUGGUACUUCCCUGGGUGUUUGAGCCAUACCAGAAUUUGGUAGCCCCAGACGUCUGGACCAACUACUUCUACAGCCGUCACCCACCCCCUGGUACAGUAGUUGCGCUACAGUAAUUACUGCACACAAGGUGUUUCCAUUAAAUUUAGCCCUGGGCUUAUAUAUUAAUGUAAGUACUCUUUUUCAGACUUAAAUGGGUCUCGGUCGUACUCUAGAUGACGAUUCAGGUGUUCUCGGACUAGAUAAAAUGUACUGUAUUCGCCUUUAGCCCGGAAGAUCACGAGUGCCCUCUUACACAUGAAGUUUUUACUCAGGUGGGCAUGGAUGUGAGAUAAUUAACUGAGCCUAGUAGUUAAAAUGAAGAUUUUGCUGCACAUGACAACCAAUACCAAGUCUUUCCAUAAAUGUUACCCUAGUUACCCUGCACAGUGCACAUUUGUGUUUGGGGAACACGGAGACCUUGUUUGUGUUUUAUUGAUACUGUAAUGUGCUGAUUUCAGGAACUGUUGAGUAAGGUUUUUUUUUUUUUUAAUGUGAUCAACAAUUAAUAAUUUUGAAAUUGUGAAAGAACUGAAAGUCAGAGAAAAAAUUGCGUAAAAGUGGAAGAUGGUGUUUUUUUUCCAGUUUCUACCAGUUUCAUACUUUGCGUACAAUCCCGUGUGACUAAAUACAUUUCAGUUUAAAAAAAUAAUUUUGUACUUUUGUACAUGUGUAAGAAAAUAUUUUGAAAAGCACUAGCAAGACAUAUCAACACUGUACAAGGCCCAUAGUAAUUCUGUGAACUACAGUGAGUGAAAGCUGUAUUCAGAUUGAUUUAUAUGACACUAAAAUUGAUUUAAAGAGGAUUUUGCCUACAGGCAGUAAUGCAGUCCUAAAUUAAAUUAAAUAUUUUCAUAAUCUCGAGUGCAUUUCACCAAAGGAUACACAGGCCUGUUCAAUAUAACAUCAGUUUACUCGUAUCAUUUCAUAUAUAUGUCUAAAUAGAGCAUGAAAUGAAUUUGGAGUUCAUUUUUUGGUUGAAAAAUAUGCCCUUGGGAAACUAUUAAUCUCAAAAGCAGAGGUGGAAAGUCAAAAUUGCAAGUAGAAGUCCUGCCGUGUGUUUCUUCCACCCCUGAGCCGGUUUCAGUUCUGCCUCCUGGCUGAAGAAGUGUGAUAAUUAGCACAUCCAGGGGAUCGGAACAAACGUACUGGGGAGGACCAAUGCGCAAACGCUUCAUAGGGCCAAUUAAAAACUUUCCCUGGGUUUCCCUAUCUCCACUUGGUGCCUUGCCAGGCUAGCAGCCUUGCUUUUGUCUCUGAAGGGACCGUGUGAUGUCUGGUGUACAUGAUUGUUUUAUAUAUAUUUUCAUCACAUUGUAUUAAAACAAGACCAGGUCAAAACCUAGUAUAUAUGGCUGGACCGGCCAACCAAUGGUGUAACUUCACAACUCGGCCGACCAAUGGUGUAACUUCAUCACUCACUCAGUCACUCAGUCAGUCACAGACAUUCGCGUUUAUAGGGCUGGCCCCGCUGUUGCGGUCCAGCCAAAAAUAUGUUUGUGUGUAUAUUUCAAAGACAUAUGAUAGUUUCUCUCAUCACUGGGGGUUGAAUAAUUGUUUGUAUUUAGAUGCAUAACAUGUACUUUGAUAAAAUUAUGUCAAUACACAAUUUACUUUAAAAAUCUGAAUGCAUGAUCAAAACCAAUCGGUCUUAGACAGCUAAUAGAACUACACAAAAUGAAUUCAUUGAUCCCCAGCCCUAUUGAUUUCCACUGUUAUUGUCAUUGCAUCAUCUUUGAGUUUUGAUUCUGUCAGCAAAAACCAAAGCUUUUGUCUUUUCCUCCUCUUCCUUGAAAAUAGUUAAUAAGGGAAGAACAAAUUAUGUUGUUUCAUGCGAUUCAAUUAAACUCACACAAUCGUGACUGUUUGUAACGGUAACUCUGAGAAAGACUGUUUGCCUGUGCAAGACUUCCUGUUGCCAAAGCCUGUUUUUAUUUCAAAUGUAGGGUUGUGUUGGAUGUGUGUAUUUCUACCAGUAAUAUCAUCAUGUUCUGCCAAAAAGAAUGUGAAUAUUCUAAUAGACACCAUCAUGUAUCAUCAUCUGUAUAGUUGAACGAUGGUGCCGCAUUAAUGUGAGCUGACUUAACACCUUUUUAAGAGUUCCACCUUUUACCCAGACAAUCGCUGUAACCAAGCAUAGCAAAUAUCACUGCACAUGCUAUGAAGAACAAGUCUUAUCAAGCGCUUCAUAAACGUAAGAAUGGUAUCAGAUGCUAUAGGUGUAGACAGGUGGAGCAUAGAUCACAUGGAUUAUGUGUGUUUAACAGAAAUCUUAUAUACUCUGUGUUGUCUCAUCCCCAUUUAAUUUGUUUUUUUAAGCCAUGUUGGGAGUGUCUUUUCCCUCACAACGUAACACCUGAAUUAUACCUUUAUGAAUAUUUUCUGUAAACGUUUGGAUACCCCCCCACACACAUACACUCGCACACAAACAAGGUUUCAGCUACCAACAUUGUUUUAAGACCAAUAUUUAUUUUGUAUAUUUGUGUCAGUUAAUGUGUUUUAUAUCUGUACUGAGAAGAGAAAUAUAUGAUAAAAGGUGAUUUUAAAAAUAAAAGUUUCUAUGGCUACACAUGGA